AGCGCGAUCAUCCACUGUUUUUUGCGGACUCCUUCAUCAACCCUCCGAAUCAAUUUACUAGAACGCUGCUAUAAUGCGUGCGACAGUAUUUCUACCUUUGGUGUGCGUGCUGCUGUGCGCAGUUUGUCAGCAUGGCACCUACGCCUGCCCUUCUACCUGGAAUGGAUCACCGUGCCAAGUCUGCCGAGCUUUUGCCGCAGCCCUUAUCCACCAUACUGAUAGAGGCACGGUGACACACCAAAAUGUCGUCAGUCGCUGUAACACUGUGUUGGGGCAGACGUACGAGGGCUGCCAAUUCGGCACGAGGUGCUCGACCUACUACACAAGCAAUUUCGGUAGCAUGUCAAACGAUUUGAGUAACAACCAAAACGCAGAUUCUGCCUACCUGUGUCGACACGUUUGCAAUGGCAUGUCGAUGGUGCAGUUGACAGCCGAAAAGGACGCAAACCUUCAACAACGCGUUGGAAGCGAGAAAAGGUUCUUUGAUGUGCUGAUGUCCGAGAUGCGAAGCACCCCACGGCAGAGCGAGUGCAAUAAGUGCAAAAGUGUUUCGUACACUGUUUCCGUCUCAUUGGUCAACAUUGAUGAAAAACUAAUGAAUACCCUAAUAACCUCGAGAGAGGUUACGAGAGCAGCGAUGCGUUUAUGCGCUGUCUGAUAGAGCGAUCUGACCCGGAUAAACCAGUCUGGCACCAGAGCUGUUUCUGUAAAACACUCGUCUACGACCUCUAUAACAGUCCUCUUAUGAAAACCGUGAGUUGAGGACCUUUCUCUUUCUUGACUUUAGUAAAGUGCACUGGCGUUACCUUAGCGCUAAUUUUUCGCGCGCCGCGGCCAUCAUUGGUGCAGUUGGCCGUGUGAUCGUGUCUUUAUACCUUCGUAUAUACGUACGUACUAGGGUCUAUCAUCAGGUGAAACGAUCUGUGAAAGUAUUGGACGAUGCCCCAAAUGCGAAACGGCCAAGUUCUUCGACAUAUUCUCAAGCGGACCUGCGAUGGAGUAGCUGAAUCUCUGCGCAAAGACUGACAGAUUAACCACUGUACAUCUAGUUUAGUGUGUAACCUUACAGAUUAGAGUGUGUAAUGACCCUUUCAUGUAUAUCUACAGCAGUGUCACGAUAUUCAAUUCAGAAAAU